CCCGUGCCCCCCCAGGGCCGUCUGAGCCCCGCAGGGUCUCUGCACCCCGAGUUGAGGCCGCAGGACUCGCGGUUCGGCUCCGCCCUGGGCGCGGUGCCCGACCUGAGCCAGGACGGGCUGGCGGGGGUGGCCGUGGGUGCCCCACUCGAGGACGGGCACCGAGGGGCCCUCUACGUCUUCCACGGGGCUCCGGGCACCCUCGUGCCCCAGUACAAGCAGCGCAUCGAGGCGGCGGCGCUGGGAUGGAGCCUCCGGUACUUCGGGAUCAGCGUGGACGGGCGGAUGGACAUGGAUGGGGACGGGCUGGUGGACGUGGCCGUGGGGGCGCAGGGGGCGGCCGUGGUGCUGCGGUCCCGCCGGAUCGUCCGCGUGUCCGUGGGGGUGUCGGUGGAGCCGGGGGCCAUCAGCGUCACCCGCAGGAACUGCCAGCGCGGCGGCUCCGGCGCCGUUUGCCUUCGGGCCCGGAUCUGCUUCCGAGCCGGGAGCCGCGCCCGGAGCGCCGGGGACACCGAUGUGGAUCUCCGGUACAACGUGUCCCUGGAGGAGCAGAUCCCGGGAUCCCGCGCUGCCUUCGACUCGGGGUCCCGCCGGCUGCUGCAGCGCCGGCUCGAGCUCCAGCUGGGCAGGCAGAGCUGCAUCCGCGUCCCCUUCCACGUCCUGGAUACCUCGGAUUACCUGCGGCCCCUCGGCCUCAGCCUGGCCUGGGCCCUGGACAGAGCCACGGGGCCGGUGCUGGACGAGGCGUCUCCCACCACCCUCCGCAAACUGAUCCCGUUUUUCAAGGACUGUGGGGAGGACGACGAGUGCGUCACCGACCUGGUGCUCCGCGCCACGGCGGACAUUGCGGGCUCCAGGCAGAGCCCCCACGUCCUGCGGAAGGGCCGGAGGCGGAUGCUGGUGCGGGUGGAGCUGGAGAACCGGGAGGAGAACGCCUACAACGCCAGCCUGUGGCUGCAGCUGCCCGGCAACCUGCACUUCUCCAGCCUCGUGCUCCAGGAUCCCGGCUCGGUGAAGUUGGAGUGCUCGGCGCUGGGGGGGCACCGGCGGCGCUGCAGCGUCGGGUACCCCGUGUUCCGCUCGCAGGCCAAGGUGUCCUUCACCCUGGAGCUGGAGUUCAGCUGCUCCGUCCUCCUGGACCGUGCUGAGGUCACGCUCGAGGCCACCAGUGACAGCACCGAGGCCACACCAGAGGACAACCUGGCCCAGCUCUCCAUCCCCAUCCGCUAUGAGCCCGACCUGUUCCUGUCCAGUGACACCAACCUGCACCGCUACGAGGUCCAUCCCCUGGGCACCUUCGCCCCCGGCCCCGAGUUCACCACCACGGUCAAGGUGCAGAAUUUGGGGUGUUACCCCGUGCAGAACCUCACCCUGCACAUGGCCCUGCCCGCGCUGGGGCACGGCCGGGCCCCCAUCCUGUCCGUCACCCGCGUGCUGGCCGAGGACAACGCCACCUGCACGCUGCGCCCCCCCCCCGAGGGGACCCGGGUGGUGCCGGUGCCCCCCGAAGAUCUGCUGCGUGUGGACAGGCUGGAUUGUUCCAACACGUGGUGCCAGGAGCUGAGCUGCCGUCUCGGGGGGCUGGAGAGGGGCAGGGGGGUCUCUGUGCGCCUCCUGCGCACCCUCCACAACGGCUUCUUCAGCGGGGCGAAAUUCCGGAGCGUGCGGAUCGUGGGCAGCGCCUGGCUGGGGGUCUCGGGGGGGCUCUUGGUGCUGGGGGAGGGGGCACAGCGCAGGGAGCUGGUGCUGGAGGUGCUGCAGGGCCGGAGGGUGCCCGUGUCCCUCUGGAUCCUGGGGGGCAGCGCCCUGGGGGGGCUCCUGCUGCUGGCACUGCUCAGCCUCGGCCUCUGGAGGCUGGGAUUCUUCUCCCGCCCGAAGCCGCCCCAGGAGGAGGAGGAGGAGCAGCAGCAGCAGCAGCAGCAGCAGCACUGAGGCCCUUCCCGAUCCUUCAGGACAUUCCCAGGAUGCGUCCAGGGCCAUCCC